AUGGCAGGGACCGUGCGCACCGCGUGCUUGGUGGUGGCGAUGCUGCUCAGCUUGGACUGCCCGGGACAGGCGCAGCCCCCGCCACCGCCGCCGGACGCCACCUGUCAGCAGGUCCGCUCCUUCUUCCAGAGACUGCAGCCCGGACUCAAGUGGGUGCCCGAAACCCCGGUGCCAGGAUCAGAUUUGCAAGUGUGUCUCCCCAAAGGCCCAACAUGCUGCUCAAGAAAGAUGGAAGAAAAGUAUCAACUAACAGCACGAUUGAACAUGGAACAACUGCUUCAGUCUGCAAGUAUGGAGCUCAAGUUCUUAAUUAUUCAGAAUGCUGCAGUUUUCCAAGAGGCCUUUGAAAUUGUUGUUCGCCACGCCAAGAAUUACACCAAUGCCAUGUUCAAGAACAACUAUCCAAGCCUGACCCCACAAGCUUUUGACUUUGUGGGUGAAUUUUUCACUGAUGUGUCUCUCUACAUCCUGGGUUCUGACAUCAACGUGGACGACAUGGUCAAUGAAUUGUUUGACAGCCUGUUUCCAGUCAUCUAUACCCAGCUAAUGAACCCAGGCCUUCCAGAGUCCACCUUAGACAUCAAUGAGUGCCUCCGAGGGGCAAGGCGUGACCUGAAAGUAUUUGGGAAUUUCCCCAAGCUUAUUAUGACCCAGGUUUCCAAGUCACUGCAAGUCACUAGGAUCUUCCUCCAGGCCCUGAAUCUUGGAAUUGAAGUGAUCAACACAACCGAUCACCUGAAGUUCAGUAAGGACUGUGGCCGAAUGCUCACCAGAAUGUGGUACUGCUCUUACUGCCAGGGACUGAUGAUGGUUAAGCCAUGUGGUGGCUACUGCAAUGUGGUCAUGCAGGGCUGUAUGGCAGGUGUGGUGGAGAUUGACAAGUACUGGAGAGAAUACAUCCUGUCUCUGGAAGAACUGGUGAAUGGCAUGUACAGAAUCUAUGACAUGGAGAAUGUACUGCUUGGUCUCUUUUCUACCAUCCAUGACUCCAUCCAGUAUGUCCAGAAGAACGGAGGAAAGCUCACCACCACAAUUGGCAAGUUAUGUGCCCAUUCUCAACAGCGUCAAUAUAGAUCUGCUUAUUAUCCUGAAGAUCUAUUUAUUGACAAGAAGGUAUUAAAAGUUGCUCGUGUAGAACGUGAAGAAACCUUAUCCAGCCGAAGAAGGGAACUAAUUCAGAAGUUAAAAUCUUUCAUCAGCUUCUAUAGUGCUUUGCCUGGCUACAUCUGCAGCCAUAGCCCUGUGGCUGAAAAUGACACUCUUUGCUGGAAUGGACAAGAACUCGUGGAGAGAUACAGCCAAAAGGCAGCGAGGAAUGGAAUGAAAAAUCAGUUCAACCUCCAUGAGCUGAAAAUGAAGGGCCCUGAGCCAGUGGUCAGUCAGAUUAUUGACAAACUGAAGCACAUUAACCAGCUCCUGAGGACCAUGUCUGUACCCAAAGGCAGAGUUCUGGAUAAAAACCUUGAUGAGGAAGGGCUUGAAAGUGGAGACUGUGGCGAUGAUGAAGAUGAGUGCAUCGGAGGCUCUGGUGAUGGAAUGAUGAAAGUGAAGAACCAGCUCCGCUUCCUUGCAGAACUGGCUUAUGAUCUGGACGUGGACGAUGCUCCUGGAAGCAAGCAGCAUGUGAAUCAGAAGGACAAUGAGAUAGUUGCCUCUCACAACCUUGGGAAUGGCCAUCCUCCUCUGAAGCUUCUCACCAGCUUGGCAAUCUCUGUGCUGUGCUUUUUCCUCCUGGUGCAUUGA